AUGAGUUCACUAUGCUGUUCACCUCCUGCUAAAGAAUCUCUGUGGCUGAAUGUUGUCGUGAAAGAGGAGAAGGAAGCGGAGGUUGUUACAGUGAAACAAGAAGUAGAGGAAGAGGAGGUUGUUACAGUGAAACAAGAAGAAGAGGAAGAGGAGGCUGUUACAGUAAAACAAGAAGUAGAAGGUGAGGCUGUUACAGUGAAACAAGAAGAAGACGCUUUCAGAGUGAAAGAGGAAGAGGAGGAACGAGAGAUUACUGUCACAUCGAAAGAAGAGGAGAAGAUAGGAGAUCUGAUUAACACCAAGUCCCCGGGUCGUACCUCUUCUGGUAUCACCUUACUGCUGGGUCUGAAGAGGGUGUCUGUGAGGCUGGUGGACUGCAGGAAAACACUGAGGCGGAGUGGAACUACAAGAGGAGGACAAGAGGAGGAAGAGGGAGAUUUGACACAUCAAA